GUUCCAUUUACAAUUGAGGAGAAUAUUUUCGUCACUGCUCUUUCUCUUCGCCAGAUAGACGUUAAUGGCGGAUAGAGGAGGAGCUCUUCAGCUUCUUCUUCUUCGUCGUCCAUUAUCACCGCGGAUGUCUAUUCUCCUUAGCUUAUCAAACAUCCACUUAUGGCGAUUCCAAAACCCUAUGUUAUCCCCCUCCGAUUCUCAUCAUCAUCUCUAUUUCUCUUCUUCCUCACGACGCUCUACAGUAGAUUCGGUGAAGAUAGUUCCUCUAAAUCGCUGGAGAUUCAGAUAUAAAAUAUGCGCCGCCGCGGAUGAAGGUAGGGGGUACCGUUUGUCGGAAAGAAGGAAAAGGGGAAGGAAACGACGGGAGCUUUGGGAGCAACUCUUUGAGGAUAAUGUUGAAGAUGACGAAGACGAUGAUGCUGGUGCUGAUGGUAAAUUUGACCUGUGGAAGAUCUUAGAGGAAAUAAUAGAUAAUGUUUGGAUUUUAAAGGCGUUAAGAUCGUAUGGAUAUCUCCUCCCGUUCAUCAUCUUGUCGCUAUUUUUCAGCACCGGACCUAAGGCUUUCCUCGUGUCACUAGCCGUAGCCAUUGGGCCAUCAUUGUUAUUCUAUGCGUUCCAGAAGUUGAUUGGUUGGGAUAAACGUAGAAGAACAUCAAUGGCAAAUCAGUUUGGGACAGAGGAGGAAGACGAAGAAAUAGUGGAGAAGAGAAGGAGCAGGGUUCAAUACAACCCAUCAAUGGUUAGAAACAAUGUUAACGGCCGUGAAGUUAACCGUAGUUCAGCUGAAAUGGCUUCUAACUUCGGUGGGUGGGAUGAGUUAGACGGGCGUUCGACAGUUCCCGAGCAGUCAACAACAAGCAAACCGAAGAGGAAGAGAGUAAGAAGAAGAAGAGAAAAUGCAGCACAACCAUUGUUGUUAAGAUUGUUGGUGUCUUUGUUUCCUUUCUUAAGCACUUACACAAACAUGCUCAAGUGAACAUUUCUCUUAAACCGAGAAAACAAUCCAAGUUGUUGUUCAAAUCAAAUCAAACCGAACCGGAAUUGGUUAAAAA